ACGACAUCUUCAUGAGCGCGCCAGCAACAGCGCGGCCGGUCAUAGCAGAUGCCCGUGGGCCGCCAUGCUGGCAAAACAAGCGCGGUGGUGCUGAUGCGUCGCAUCCCUCAUCCAGAGGCAGUUCGGCAUUUCCACACUUUUUGCAUGGGCUUGGAGCGAUUCAAAGCAUCCGCAUCCCACUUUCGAUGCAUCUCUGGUCGGUUUCUUCUUUCCGGUCAAAGAAUCAGCGAGCGAGCGUCGUUUUCUCAUUUUCAUGUUCUUCUGAUAUCAUUUCUGGGAUACCAUCACCGCGAGCUCGGUCACAUGUUUUUCGGUUUUUUUUUUCCACCUCAUCAUGGCCGGAUCCUGGAGCGGAUAUCUGAUUGCAUUUACAGCAUGGAGGGUCGAUACACAGGCGGUUUUUUUUGGCUUAAGACGAGAUGCAGCAAUGCACCCCCAACCCGGCAGAGACCGGGGCAAGCGACAUCACUUUCCUUUUUCUUCCUUUCCGUUUUUUCUUGGACGGAUCCCUGAGGGAACAAGGCUCGGGCGGCUGGUUAGAACGAUAGCCCCCUCUGCGUGUCUGAGAGACACGUCGCGUCCUGUCCUUCUGUUUCCCUUUUACCCCGUUCUUAUCUCAUGGAUGAUGUUUACGGCCGUUACGAUGGAUAUACCCCGACCUAAUUGCGACGGCAUUUUCGACGGGACGGGCGGCCUCGCCCAGCUUGACGUUGGACGAAGACGACGCCGCCUGCCCAAGGGAACGGCCACGAACAAUUUAAGGGGCUCGGGGAUAAUUCGCGACGAAGAGAUGCGGCACGACUCACUGGGACUGGUUCUCAAUGAUGCGAUGAAGGGAGGCUCUUCGACACAAGGCCGGUACAAAAACAUACAUCUAGCCUCGCAGGUGCAUAGCUGGGAUAUCGCUGCCGAGGCGGACACUGGUUGUCGACAAGAACAAGGCUCUGCUUUCGGGCUUGGCCUGAAGUGUCAUGAUGGCGCGGAAGCAGGGGAUUCUGAAGGGGGAAUGGAGCGUUAUCCGGAGACAGGCUCAGCCGCCGAGUUGACGCAGGCAACUGGGUUGCCUGUCUGCUCUUCCUUUCCGCCCGAACUUUUUCGACGACCUCCAUCGCCACCACGAUCAAGCCAGUCACGGCCCGGACUCGGAACGGGAUUACUGCUACGACAAGUCACGAUCCGGACAUCACAACACUCGACUUUUACCUGCUAGUCAGGACUGGAUUGGGGGAUGAGUGGUGUUCGAAGCUUUCGUGGUCCUUGCCUUCGUAGGUCAGGUCAAGGUUUUCCGAGUAUUUUGGGGCCGAUUCGGGUUGGUAUGUUGGAAGCUGGGGUGGGGGAGAGAGCCAAGUAAGUUCGGUUUGGGUCUGGACUGGGCAAAACCGCGGAUCAUCUCACCGCGUUGCCUUGU